AGCGCAGCUGUGACCGGACAGCGGACACAAAAAUUGCGGCGAUAAAACACAGUGACGUCACAUGGAACCUAUAGUCCUGACUGCGCAAAUGCUGUUGCGUUUGAUGCUCCUGACGCGCCAUACGCGCAGUGACGCAUUACUGGCUCCGCCCACAAUGCAAACGCAGACCAGGGAACCUCCAAGACAAGAGGAGCAAAAGCUCUACUAAAUUAACCUGACAUUACGCCGAGGAUUAUUUUACUCUGAGGACACCGAUUCAGCGGCCCGUUUUGACUCGAGAUUUUUUCAAGAAGACGAAAUUCGACAGCGAUCCUGAGAGGUUUGGAUUUUGAUGUGUUGCUGCCUUCUGCCUCUAGAACACCAUAAUAAGACCAGAUAAAUAACGCCACACCAGUGUCCUUUCAGCAUUAUUUUUAUCCAGCCAUUGUCCUCGUCGGGGAAAAAGCGACGCCCUCAGGCCGCCGCUGGUACUGCAGCUGCCGGUGAGUUGUAAGUGAGACACCGGGAGUCUGAAUAAUUUAACGGUGGAAAAUGAGCUCAGAGGAGGCGGCAGCUCCAACUAAAACCGGCACGGAUGACGAUGGCAUGUCCUGGUGGUACCGCUGGAUCUGCAAACUGGCCGGUGUCUUGGGUGGCAUAUCAUGUGCAUCAAUGGGCAUCUGGAACUGCGUGACUGUGAAUCCGUUAAACAUCGCGGCUGGAGUUUGGAUGGUGCUGACAGCGUUUGUGUUGUUCCUGUGUGAGGUGCCCUUCUGCUGUCAGUUCGUUGAGUUUGCGAAUGCUAUUGCGGCGCGUGCGGACCGUCUGAAGCCCUGGCAGAAAGCACUGUUUUACUGUGGGUGAGUGCAGCUUACAGCUGUUCCCUUCACUGGAUAGUCAAUGU